GUCCCGGACUACCAAAACGGUCAAGAAGAUCUCAAAAGGGUGUUGGAUUUUUUGGCUAACGGUUAACAUUUUUUCCCAUAUACGGCUAAUGGUUAAUCUCUCUCCAUUGCUGUCCCAGUAUUUUUUUUGUGUACGGUCAACUUUUUUUUUAUACGAUUAACGGUUAAAAUUCGUCAAUUUUUACGCCUAAAGGCAAAAUUUUGUGGCCGUUUUACGGCUAACGGUUACCCCAUCGAGACCCUCGGUCAAUGUUGUCUUAUUUAAUGACAUACUUCUUCUACAGUUGUUAGUCUCAAUCCGGACGCGAUAGAACACUUUGUGCUGGACGUUCAAGCGCUUUAUUUUACAGCCCGAUCUGCCAUUGAGGACAGUACUUCAACUCCAGAAAGACUAACCGGCCUUUGGACUAAGUUGGAAGCCGCUGUAAUGAAUUUAAGAAAAAUCCAAUGGCAUCUUAUAACCACGAAACCCUGUGCUGAGGACAUUUUGGCCCCAUUAGUUCAAAGUCUGUCGACCAUAGAAAUAAGGAUUGGUAAAGUUAUCGAGCAGUACAGCUGCCUUGUUCCUUUUCUAAGGGAGCAGUUGUGUUACCGGGCACCUGUGACCUCAACGGAAUGGGUUGGUAGACCAUCCUACGUAAUUACGAAGGAGCAGUUGGAAGUGAUGCGCACCUAUGGUUUGUCAUGGGUAGAAAUAGCGAAAGCACUAGGUGAGCCGAAAAUAAUUUCAUAAUAAAGAAAAUGCUCACGCGGAGUCAUUCGUAUUUUUUCUUUUUUUUUUUGUCAUGCCCCUUUUUUCGAGAAUGGAUGUGUUCUCUUUUAUUUUAAUUCAUAUUUUAAAAAGUUUUUGAACAUCGAUAUGGCUGCUUUAUAUUGGCCACAGGUUGAUCUAUGUUUCAUAUUCGCCGUUAUCGUGCUAUGAAGGGUGUCUCAUACGAUUUUACCUAUAAAACUUUUCGCAGGGGUCUCGAUUUCGACAAUGUGGAGACGUCGCAUCUAUCAUGAAAUGGAAAGAAGAAAGCAUUAUGGAAGAAGGAAGCUAGGUAUGCAAGAGCUGAUAGAUAUAGUGGCUGAAAUAAAGUCCAGAAGUGUGAAUGCGGGCAUCAUUAUGAUCGAGGGUGAAUUAGCGGCUCGAUCCCUCUACGCUAGAAGAUCUGCCAUCGCAGAGGCAUUAGUUCGCCAUGAUCCUAUAGGUGCAGGCCUGCGGUGGAGAAAUUUGACCCCAAGAGUUACUUAUAGCGUUCCAGGUAAUUCUACGUUCUGAGUUAUAAAACUUUGAACCGCAAAUCAUAGAUUUGAAUAGAUGUGAUCAAGUGUGCUGCUUAUUUCCAUAUUGCACCGCAUGAAGUAUGUGUCACUAAGAGAAUUGUGCAGGUUUUGAUGUCCAUUUUUUAUACGUCGACCUUAACAGAAAAGGAGCUCAUGUCCGUCCAACAUUACCAUAUCUUGAGUAUGACUAUGGAUAUUCGUUCUCGAAUAGAGCCAAUUACUUUCAUCAUAAAAGAACAAAUGAUCAAACCCAGGAUCGUUGACUUAUUAGUGUUUGAAAUAUAUAUAUUGUAGGCCCAAACAGCCUGUGGCACUUGGAUGGCAAUCACAAGCUGAUACGGUAAGUAACAGACCUAAAACAUACCAUAAAUACAUUGUUUUUAGAUCGCCUGCACUGUUCUACAAUAAUGCUUGAGGAAAAUUAAAAAUUAUCAGAGCGGAAGACAUUUACGUUCCUCAUCAACAGCAUUUUUUAACAUGCUGUAAUUCGUCUGUAUUCGGGAAUUAAUACCUGUUACUUCCUUUAAUGUAUCUAUGGAAUUCAGUAGAGGAAAAAUGCACCAUAUUCUACUUUUCCCCACUCAUAAUGUGAGUACCGUGUGAAAGGUGUUUUAAAACUCUUUUCUCAGAUGGAGGUUGGUCGUGCACGGAGGAAUAGACGGAUAUUCGAGGCUUGUUGCAUUCCUCCGCUGUUCCAGCAACAACAGGGCAGCAACAGUGGCCAAUUUAUUCUUAGGCGCCACAACUGAAUUCUGUUGGCCAUCACGGGUGAGGACAGAUAAGGGUGGAGAGAAUGCGGAAGUUGCGCGCCUUAUGGUUGAAAAACGGGGAGAAGGUCGCGGCAGCAUUUUGCAAGGUAGUUCGGUCCAUAACCAGAGGAUAGAGAGGCUGUGGAGAGACAUGCGCAAAAUGGUCACGGAGUAUUUCCGACUCCUCUUCUAUUUCUUAGAGAGGAACAAUCUUCUGAAUCCGAACGACGAACUGGAUCUGGCAGCUCUUCAUUAUGUAUUUAUUCCACGGAUUAAUGAAAAUCUAGAAACGUUUAAGGUGUCCUGGAACAGUCAUAAGCUAUCUACUGAAAAACAAAAGACUCCAAAUCAGUUGUACAUUCUAGGAAUGCUUAAUUUGUUUGGAUCAGAAUAUACAGCGGUAAAGGACUUCUUCGAAAGCAACGUCAUAGACUCCAACUAUUACGGCGUAGAGGAACCGGAUGUCAUUGAUGCAGCGUCAGAGGUGGAGGAGGCUGUCGUGGUGCCUGAAACAAUGCAAAACCUUUCUAACGCGAGCUUGCAGGAGUUGCAGCUACAAGUGAAUCCGUUGGAGCGGGACACCAACCACGGCAUCUCGCUUUACAUUCGAGCAAAAGAAUUCCUCUCGCAGCAAAAUUAG